AUUAAAUUUUUUAAUGUAAUAACAACAUUACUAUACAGCUGAACAACUUACUUAUUUAAUUGAUAAUCUAGAAUUAGGACACAACACUGAUCAUCUUAAGAAAUUGGCAGAAAGAAAAAUGAUUAGAUAAUCGAAUACAUAAUAUAAAUUAUAAGAUGAUAUCAUAAGAGAAUAAUAUCAAUAAUCUCAUUAAUAUUAAGAAAAGAUUUUAAAUACUUAUAGGUUAUUAUAAGCAUUUGAUAAUCCAAAUAUUAGUAAACUUCUUUUUGAACAAUUUGAUGAUGAAUUUUUGAUUAGUAAGAUUUAAUUUACUAUUUUUAGUUUAAAACACAGCUGAUUAAUGCAUAGAAUGGUUUUAUAGAACAGAUAACUAAUAAUAUUUUAAAGUGAUACUUGAAAUAUUUAAUAUACAAAAUGAUUUUUAAGAAGCUGUUUAGAAGAAAAUAGUCAAAGAUAUCAAAGCUAAUCAUGCAAAAGUUUAUGUUGUGAUAAAGAAUUUAACAUCAAUUUUAGAAGAAUCUUUUUUAAUUUCAAUAUAUUAGAAUCUUGUUUUAAAUUAUAGUUUUUGCUAUAUUUAUGAUUUCAAAAAUGUUGAUACUAUUAUUCGUUCAAUUUAUGAAUUAACUGAUUAAAAAAUUUAAAAUGUUGAAUCUUAAUAUAUGGAAGCCUUGUAUGAAUAGAGGAUUUUAGUAUUUUAAGAGCUUUUUAAUUUAGAUAAAGAGUAACUAGAGAAUUGGUAAAUAAAAAUAAACUAUUUUUAGUCUAAAAUAUUCUAAAAUAUAUUUGACACCUAAAUUAUAAUUUAAUCAUAUGUUUUAAGAACGAAUAAACAAAGAUUUUAACGUUUAAUAAAUAAAUAUAAUAGAAUGUUUACAAUAAGAAAUUAUAUUAUCUCUUCCUCACAUUCUAAAACAUAGUUUAGUUGAAUAAUUUAUAGGAACAAUAAUCUUAAACUAAAAAGUUUUAGUACAAUAUAUUAUUAAUUUAUAUUUGGAUAAGUUAAUUAAAGAUUAAAAUUCUAAAUUUGUAUAAUGCCUACUAAAUUUGAUAUCUAACCCUGAAUUAAAAUCACUAUAUUAUUAGAAUAAUAAAAAAAAACCAUUGAUGAGAGAAACAUUAAAUUAAUGCAUAGAAGACAUUUUUCAAAACUCACUAAAUAAUCAAGAUUUAAUUAAAUAAGUUAUAAAGUGUAUGUAUGAUUUGUAUAAGAAUGGAUUAAUGGCUAGAAAUUAAUUAUUGGUGUAUAUAAAAUAAUUGAUAAAAUAAUUGUGCAAUCAACAUGCAAGUAAAUAGAUCAACAUAAGAGAAAAUUAAAUAUUUUCUGGAUUAACAAAUAUCUCAAAUGUUAUAGAAAGUUCAAAUAAGGUGAAAGAUCAUGAAAUCAUAAGCUUAGAGAGAGUACUUAAAAGAAUCAUUUAUUAAUAUCAAUUUAAUUGGUUUGAUAUUGAAAACCUUAUUACAUUUGAAAGUUUAAGUUUGAUUGUUAAAUUGAUUACGAUGUAUGAUGAUAAAUAUUGA